GUUUGAGUACCUCGACGUCGAUCAUGGCCGAAGCUACUUUGCACAAGGGUGAUAGUUUCUCUGGAUACCCCGAUGAUUCUACUUUUCUCCCCUGAAUGAAGGUCCUCUACGCCCACUGGUCCACUCAAGGUCAUCGAUUGGGAGGCAGCCUUUGCAGGUCCAUGUGAGAUAUCAGGUGAAUUCUCUUGACUCUUUCGGUAGUUCCGUCACCUAUGGACGCACCGUGGAAUUAGGACGAGAUGAGUCAUCCAAAGAGCGCGGAUGACAAGAAGGAAUUCGCUAGCCAGGGUAACUAUAUCGUAAUUGUGAGACAAAAAGGAAGGGAGCGGGGCUUAACCGAGGGGUAUAAUCCAUCAUCAGCAUUGCAGGACACUGAAUGGCAAUAUUUAGCAUCUGCAAUGAGGCUAUAUCAAAGGGAAGGCAUGGGUCAUUCUCAGAAAUAAUAGAAGGGCUCACUGAUAGUAUCUUGCAUGUAGGUGCUUAUCUUCGCGGUUCUGUUCAGUUAAUGCUGACAUUUUAUAUAGUAUGAAGUAGUCUCGACAGUCUCAAUCUCAUAGCUCUAUAGGCAGGCUAGAAGCUUCAUGGGUUACCAUCGGAAGGUGUCCAUGCUAUCUGCAGAUGCUAUUUUGUGGCAUUGCAUGGAAAUUGUUGACGUUCCUGCAACCAAGUCUGCUGCAUUUGGUACAGGUACCGGUGAAGUCGAAGAGCGCAUACUAUGAGGACGUAUACCGGAUUAAACUCGGUAUGUGUAGCAAAAUUAGCGAAGUCUUCAGCCUGAUGCAUGCAUAACAAAUGAAGUAAGGUGGGGUGGAUAGAUACCCUAAAAGAAGGAUUGAGGCUGCGGGGAUCUCCCUAUGCGCGGCAGGUGUUCCAUCAUAUAUAAUCCUAGGUAGCAUCACUGGGUCUAGCGGAUAUAAACCAUGUUUAAUCACCCGAC